AUGGUGAAGACACUACUGACCUACCUGGGCGUAGUCGACGAUGUGGAGGCAUCUCUGGACCAAGAGGCGGAGGAAGCAGAGGUGGCGGCAGCGGGGGACCAUGCCCAGGACGACGCCGUGGAAAAAGCUCGGGUUGCGACAAAGGAAAUGGUGGUAAAGAUCUUGAUUCCAACGAUGACUCGGAUUCCAAGCCAAGUUCCAAACCUGAUGGGAAGGACGCAUGCCACCCUAUUAUCGUGGAUGAUGGAUACGAUGGAGGUGACGACGAGGGAACCCCGAUCAAGCGUGUCACCCUUGCUGACGGGGGAACCCCAAUUAAGCGGGUUACCUUUGCACCAAACACAUCCAAUGCCAGUUGGAUCAGAGGUGGCAGUUUCGGCAACCAAUCUGAAGUCAGUGGCCUGUGUGAUGGGCUCUGACGUGUGGGUGUCGAUGGCACUGCCCCCAUACACACUCUGCGUGGACGUGUCUCUUCUAUCAAACUACCGAAAAAGAAGUUUGCUGGUCUACCCACCGUGGAGAUUGAGAUUGCACCCAACCAGAGCUUUGGCCAAGACCAACCUGGAGCUGAAUUCAUCACUGCGGGACGAGCUAUGGUGA